AUGAACACGCAACGGCCCGGCAACGGCGGCGGCGGCGGCGGCGGCGGCGGCGGGGUUUCGCCGGUGUCGCGGUGCACAACGCCCGGGUCGCGGUCGCGGCCCGGCGACGGCAAACCGUCACGUCCGGCCGGCGGUCCGUCGAUUCCGUGCGGCCGAUCCGGUCUCGUCGCCGACGCGCAGUCCGGCGGCGGACCGGGCGAAACGCCGAAAACGCGACACGGGUGUUUUUGCGGCCGCGUCUCGCCUAGAAGUCGAAAUGUCCGGGAACAGAACGCGGACUUACCAUUGAGUUCGGCACGCGGUCGAUCCGCUCCGAUGUCGAAACUAACGGCGCACAACCGACCCCGCACAGUCGACAUUGUCCGGUUUUCGACGGAAACGGCCGUGUACCUUCAACGCCGGAUCCGUCUCGGGGAACGGAGAGUGCGAUUUUUUUCCACCGCGAAAAUCGCCCGAGAAACCACCGCCGAAUAA